UUUUCUCUAAAAUUCGCAUUGUUAUUUCGCUGUUUGUGUUUAAUAUAACAUGUCGAAUCCUAACAGAAGUCGCACGCUUUUAAAAGGGUCUAUAAUGAAGGAGGACUCUCCUGAAGAUGGACUGUAUUCGUUGGAGAAGUUACGGACAUCCCCAGAACUGUGGCCUGAAAAAAUUCCUGGUAUAAGUAAUUUUAUUGCAAUGAGUGACACACCUAUACGUACACCGGUACCACAGUGGUCGAAGGACCUCUCCCAGGAAGACAUUAACGCUAUGAUGCAGCUAAGCAAUAUGCCGUUCAGUAAUCUUAUAAUGGAGAUAAAAAAAAUGUACGAUGAAGCAUACCAGCUGGGUGUGUCGGAAGCCAAAGAAAUGACACGCGGCAAAUAUUUGGGUAUAUUUAACAAUGCUAAGAAGAAAUCUAUUUGAUUUGAUUAGUCAAAUGCUUUCAACUUAGUUUAAACUUAAUUAUUUGCAACAAUUUAAUAUUAAUAAAAUUCUACAAAUUAGUUUUAAUUGUAAAAUCACUACUAGACUAUACGAGUACAAAUGCAUUUAUAAUAAAGAAUUACAAAAAUGUAAUGGUGCACAAAAUUAAGAAAAAAGAAA